UCACUGUCCACCGCUGCCAUUGCAGACGCCGACCUAUUUUAUCACCUGUUAUCAUAUGCAGUCUUUUUUCGUGGCCGAGCAGCAGCCGUGUGAGAUCGAUUUUUCCGAAACUUUUGUAUCGUUGAUGGUUCGGUCCAAACGAAGUGUGUUUGAUCCGGUGAACAAUGCCAGAGCGGCUGAACGACUACGAAUGAAGCGCCGAGAUGAAUAUCGGGAGCAACAAGCCAUCAAAGCCGUCCAAAGGCACCUCCAUGCACUUCAAGAGGCUCAAGCAUCAUCGCGCAAGCCCCGCCGGCGGCAGAGCAUCGCCGCGGCUGCAAGUCCCGCGCCGCCUGCCGCCUACUUGACUUUUGAAGCUCCCACAUCCGAGCCUAUCCCUGUACCAUUGCAAGCAGCUGCAACCCCCGUCAGAUCGCGCAGAAAGGCCACAGAGGAUCUGGUCCCCGGCUCCCGUGAAGCGAAACGCCGGCGCGAGGAAGCGGUGCAGCUUGGCUGCGAAGCUCUCGUCGCUGCUGUCGCGCAGGUCCAUGGCCAUGACGACGCUCUGGUUGCCGAAACAGCUCAGGCUGCUGCGCAGAAAUACGUGCCAUCUGUCACAGCUGGCACAGUGGCCCAGAUCCGCCUGCAGUGCACAGCAGAACUGCUGCCCAUUCUUCCAGACCAGACACCGCAGCUUCUUGGAACGGUCGCCCAUCACAAAACCAAGGACAUAUUAGCAACCAUGCCCGGUGUGACGCGCUACGCUGUGCAACAGGCGCGCGCGAACAAUCUGCACUAUGGAGUUGGCCAAAUCGCUCAGCGGACGCCAGCCACGCCGCGCAAGUCGCGCCCUCUAGAUGCGAGCGUCCGCGCAUUCACGCUGGAUCACUCAGUUCCCAGUGCUCACAAGACAAAGGUGGACCCUGUCACUGGUGAGGCGAAGCCUAUCGUCUACCUGGAAACAUCGAUGCGGAAGAUGCACGAAGACGCCCAGAAAAACGGCCUCCUGUGCUCUUGGAGCGUGUUCCAGCGCGCUCUACACGCAGGAGAGUUUAUAUUCCAGCGGCGUGUUCCUGAAAACGGACUUUGCGGCAACUGCCACCGAGCGUUCGCGGUUUUUAGCGAGGAUAUCCCUUUUCUGCUGCAAGAACUGGAACGAUUGACGAUCGCUUUUCCGGACGCACAUACGGCAGGGCUGCGUCUACAAGGGCUGAGGGACCAUCUUUUCGCUUUGACAGCUGAUCCAACCAAGCAUUACGACCACCCCUUCCACUGCCUCGCAUUCGGGUUGGACGACUGCCAGCAGCAGCACCACCUCGGCGUGCUCAGCAGUCCCCAGCCGUGCCCAAUCUGCACCCAAGGCCUCACUACCCUUGCCGAUCUGAGCCUGCACAUCGACGCCCAUCUCCCUCAAAACCCCGGCGAAUGCGCCGAUAUGCAGACCAUCCUGGAGCGAGGAUGCCAAACUCUUCAGCAGUGGGUGGCGCACCUUCUCCGCUCGGCUCAUACUCGAUCCCUCAUCAACAAGACGAUCAACAACCUAGGUCCCGUGUUCUUUUUCCGUCAACCCAGCACGAACGAAGUAGCCAUGCUUCACUUCGACGCCUGGCUGCCCGAUGAAAAACAGGACUGGAUUCUGAUCAUCCAUCAUCUGCAAGCUGUGUUUGCAGUCAUCAACUCGCUGAUCACAGAGGGACGAGUUCCACCAAUCAAUACUGCCUCUGUUGUUACAGACGCAGGUGCACACUACGUCAACUCGCCAUUCAGCGUCUUCCUAUCCAGUAAGAUGCAUACUCAAGCGAGUUUCGACAUCACCGACCUUUGGCACUUCGAGGCUGGUGAAGGCAAGUCACGCAUCGACCUUCACUUUGCGCACGUCAGCGCAAAGUUCAGCGAGUUCAUGAAAGGUGGCAACUCAAUUAACAACGGCAUGGAUGUCGAAAAAGCGCUCGCUACGAUGCCAGGAACGACUGUCCACCAGCUGCACAUUGACGAAGCGACGCGUCGCCGCCUUCAAAAGGGAUUCCGACUGAGCGACCGCUGCAUGCUGUUCGAGUACACUGGCGAGCGGCUGCGAGAAGUCUAUCGCCACGACUUCUCGACGCACCUGACCCUUGGCCAGCAGAACAGUCCGCAUUGGAGCAACAACGCCGAACACCACGCCCAGAUUCGGCGUGAACGAGACUCCCACCCCGAGACUGCUGCCGUUUCUCCAGCGACCCCCGAGACUGCUGCCGUUGGUACAGCGACGUCCGAGGCCGCCGCCGUUUCUCCCGCGACGUCCGAGACCGUCGCCGUUUCUGCCGCGACCUCCGAGACCGCUGCCGUUGGUGCAGCGACCCCCGAGACUGCUGCCAUUUCUCCAGCUUCACCACGCACUCCAUCCAAUCAAGUCCCACUGAACGGUUCCCUUCAAUUCACACCAACGAUGCUCCACACCAUCAAUGCAGCGCCAGUGUUGAUGAAGGGGACCAAGACGUGUGGACCCCAGUCCAAGACGCGCAAGUCACUUGUUUUCACUCCGCCCACUCCGAGCAAAUCUCCCAACCUCCAAUGUCCGAAGUGCAGCAAGCUGUACAAAAGCUCUGCCUGGCUGAGUCGUCACAUCCAAGACUGUGCGGUCGCCUCCAAUGCUGAACUAGGGCUUCCUGAAGACGACCCGGGAAGCGAAUUGAUGGGCACGCAAUCGGCAACUGCCUCCAACGCGGAAGAAGUGGCUACCACAGACGACUCUUUUUCAGACGAGGAUGAAGCUACAGCCGCUGCAUCUUCAGAAGGGGCAAGCUCGGCCUGGGUAUUGACUUGCGGCGAGGAGUCCUCGCCAGAGCCAAUGACGAUGCCGGCCUCGAUGCGUGCACUCUCGGCCAAAGCCAGCCAACCGCUGUUUCGACAUGAUUUCACAACAACUGAACCGCAGCUGGCGAAGUUGCAGAGCCUCUUUCCUGCUGGUGAAGGUUUUGUUACAGAGCCUGUUCCCGUGAAUCGCACAACCGAAGAGGCACGAGCACCCAUCAGAUUCCUGUUUGAGUGCGCGAGAGCAAAAAAUGAUCGCAUCUUGCCUGCGGACGCUUUGCAACUCGUCAUGGAUCAGGAUGGAGAAUUGCGCUGCCGGGCGUUGCAGAUUGAUUUCCCUCACGUCAAGUCCUGGCUUGCCCAAUGGGCUCGCGCCCCGCCUACAAACCAGCCGCGCUCGCUAGCAGCCAACAGCCCGCGGCUUGAAACUGACGAGGUGACUUUGGAUUCGUUGCCUCCGAAUGCCAGAUGGGGAAACGAUUCGGAGAACGAGGAGCUUCCCUCCUGGACAGCGGCCGGCGACAGCGAUUUCAGUGUUACAAGUCCUUCUCGUUCGCCUCGGCAACGUCGAACGCGACGGCGGGUGACUGCUGCUGAGGAGGACUGA